AUGUCUUAUUCCUGCACAAAUUGGAUUCUUCUGAUCCUGCUUACAGGCCCCACAGUAUCAGGUUCAGUAGUGAGAGGCAAUGUUGGUCAGAAUGUCACUGUGCCCUGCCUUUACAGCAUUGAGAUGACACAAGGCAUCACAUCAGCGUGCUGGGGUCGUGGCAGCUGCCCUGCUUCAAAAUGUGAUCAGACCAUUAUCUGGACAGAUGGAUUGAAGGUGACAGAGCAGAACAACCAUAGGUACACGCUGAAAGGGAACCUGCUGGUGGGUGAUGUGUCCCUCACCAUUGUGCAUGCUGAGGAAGCAGACAGUGGGACAUACUGCUGCCGUGUGGAGGUUCCAGGGUGGUUCAAUGAUCAGAAGAACAAUCUCGACGUUGUGAUAGAGAAAGCUAGGAUCUCUACUGCAAGUCCUCACACUCACACCUCUGAACAGACCUCAGCUCAGGGGAGCACCAGUGAAUCAUCCUUUACCACUGCAAGAACGUGGCCAUCGGCCUCUGCUUCAGAAGCUCCUCAGACUGCCUCUGAUCCCUGCUCAAGCACCUUGGACUGCUCAGAUAUAACUGCAAACCUGCAGAACAUGUCUGUAUCACUUCCCAGGCAGCAGUAUUCAGAAAAUGGAUUAUACAUUGGGGUUGGUUUAUGUGCAGUACUCCUAGCUGGCCUCAUUUUGGCUCUGUUCCUCACUAGACAACAUUUAUCCAAUAUGAAGAAGAAAAGUGACUUUGCAAACUUCACUGCAUUUUGGAGGCCAGGAGAUUCAAGGAACCAUAGCGUCCUGGAAGAUGAGAUCCAUUUACUUGGUAAACAGACUACAAUGGUUGGGCAGAGCAAGAACCUUGCCUUGGAUAUGCAUGCUUUAUUGGUAACUGCUAAAAUCCAAUUUGCCUUUUUAAAUGCUACCAAGCAGAGGGGUGAUAUUUUUGUGGACUUCACUGCUCAUGGAGGGAAGCAGUUGUGGUACAUAAAAUCUGGAAAUGGAGAAAUGAGACUUCAGCGGAGCUCACUCAGCACCUCUGCAAAGGACAUUUCUCUCCUUCCAGUCACUGCCCUGGAGUCUCCAUCAGCUAAAAUGUCCCAUUUUGUGCUGUUUCACUGGAUUUUGAUGCAGAUCUUUAUAGCCCAUGCCGCAUCUGAAGCUGUUGUUAGAGCAGUGAUCGGGCAAAGUGCUCGGUUGCCUUGCUACUACCAGGUGGCAGGACACAAGGAUAUCUCUGACAUGUGCUGGGGCAGAGGCCCAUGCCCAAAUUCCAAGUGCAAUGACAAAAUUUUGCACACCACUGGGAACAGGGUGACGUUCAGACGGUCUCAGGAAUACAAUCUCUGGGGCUAUAUCUCCCACGGCGAUGUGUCUCUGACGAUUCGGAGAGUGAAGGCAGAAGACGCAGGUACAUACUGCUGUCGUGUGGAGAUCCCAGGCUGGUUCAAUGACAUCAAACAGAACAUCCAGCUGGAGGUGGUCACAGCCCCUCCAGUGAUGACAACCACCACGAGGAAGGCUCCCGUUUCCCCCAGACGUUUUAAAAGAACAACUCUUGCUCCCCAAACAACCUCUGGUCAUCAAACAACAGCAGAGACUACUGUCCUCCUGACAACCACGAGCCCAGAAGCAAAAACUCACACCGAGUCUCCAGCAGUAAUUCCACUGGAGACCACGGCUCCCCCAACAUUUGCUGUGACAGAAAACGAUGCCUUUCAAGAAACUACAGUGGCAAUUAGUACUUUCUCAGAUUUUUCAACUGUUUUCCAAGCAGAUGACAUGAGGACUGAAGAUGAUGACAUGCUCUUCCCACCAGAGUCGGUCCCUCUUCCUGGAGUGACUACUGAAUUACUCCCUGCAGAGGAAACUGAAAGUGCUUACACUUCUCUCGUGGUGGAAGACCUGCCAGUAACGGAGAUUUCAAUAAGUUCAGAUGGGAAGGCUGAGAAACAUGAUGAUAAUGGAGAUAAGUUUCCUAGCCAUGCCAUUCUUGUUGCCUGCCUCACAGCAGCCUCCGUUCUUUUCAUAUUGAUGCUCUCCUUGUUGUUUUGGAAACGUAAACACACAAAGAAGUUUAUAAUGAAAAGCCUUCGACCAGCAGGAGACCUUGAAAAAGUCUUCAGUGGCCCUGAAGGGGAUAACAGCAUGCUUUCCCUGUGA